AUAUAAGACUUCUCAUACCUCAAAGGCAAAUGGUUUAAAGAAGCCUGAACAACACAGUAACCGUUCCUUCACCUUCCGGUGUCACCGCGCCACGCGUCACAGAGAAUGUUCCGGUGUCACGGCGAGGUCAGCAGUAGCCCGUGCUCCCCGCA